AAAUAUGUAGCAAAUUUAGAACUGUGAUAUGUGUGAUUUGGCAUCCGUGGAGCAGUGUCGACGCAGAAAAACAAGUUCCCAAAUGCUAUGAUCUAGUCACACUAAAAGCGUAAAACUGGGAUGACUGGAUGUAUAACAUGAGUACAUCAUACAAGAGGAGCUAACACAAUACCAACUACAAGGGUGUACCGUUCAGGAUCGGAUUGAGGCCUUAUUCGCGAAUAAUUCAACAGAACGUCACUAUACUCUACAGAAACACCAAUGGCUUUGCGUGUGCUCCUAAUUAUGUUGACGAUUCAAACCUGGUCGCUGUCCGAACCGAUAGCGGGGCCGUAUGAUGUUUUUAUUGAUCAAGUGGGCGAGUGUCCUCAAGGGUUGGUCGACCCCUUUUUCCCCGUGAAGAUUCGAUUAGUCAGAAACCGUCAUAACCACAACGACAUGUUUGCAUUUGCCAACUACACAAUCAUUGAACGUCUUGAUGAUAGCUCGUCCAUGCGACUAGAGUUUGGAUCGUGGAGCUCUGGCGGUGGGUGGAAAGAAAACGCUUUUAUCAUGAAAUUUCAAAGGUUGUGUAGCACUCUACAUAAUUUAGCACCAAGAACCGUGCAAGCCUUAGAGCGUAGUCUGAGUAACAGUAAAAACGUUAGUCCUGUUACAUGUCCGUGGAACCCGGACACUUAUCAAAUUACGAACUUCUCGACCCUCGAAAUAAAGUCCAAUGUCCCUGCAGUGUUUUACGGGAAGUGGAGGAUUAAUCUCAUCAUCUUUAACUCAAAAACCCAAACGGCCAUCGCUUGUUGCAGAGUGUAUGCCCGCACUACACCAAAAAUACCCUUAGUGAAAACUUCUAACUAGCAGUGAUGAUUUUGUUGUUUCAUUAUGCUUACUUCACACUUCUUACAAAUUCGAAUGCAUGGUGUUUUCGGCACCUUCCAAAGAAGUCAUUUCUGUCUGUGAGCGUCUAAACAAAGCAUGGUCUGUUUUUAAAAUAAUUAUACCAGUUUAUACGAGCAGUGUGAGCAAAUAUGAGAUGCUCUGAGAUAGUAACCGAAG